AUGGAUACUUGUGAAAAAUGUUCUUCACUUAACUGUGAGCUUAGAAUCAUAAAAGCUAAAAACCUUGACUUCUCCACCAGUGGAACUAUAUCUGUAAGAUACUAUAUCUUGAAUGAAAACAACGACAGAAUUCGGCUCAAUACUCGCGAAGUGCCAUCAUCGUCUAUGUAUGAUCCAUGUUGGAACGAAUCGAUUUCACUCCAAUGUUCGAGAGAUAGAGAUGUUAUUGAUAAACUUAGUCAACAAAGUAUGGUAUUCGAGCUCCGAUCAAGAACUUCGAAAUCAAUUUUUGGCAGGUCUAAAGUUUUGGGUACUGCUGAAAUUUCAUGGCUACAAGUGUUGGAAUCACCUGAGCUUUCAAUUGAGAGAUGGGUUCCUACAAUUUCAAAACACAAUAGCAUUUCCGAGGGUUCGAAACCAGCUUCAUUGCGAAUUGGAAUGAAGAUUACAGUACCCGAAACAAUACAUACAUUGAAAAAUAAGAGCCAAGCUCGAUUUUCAUCGAAGAACUGGAAGGAGUGUGGAUGUAAACAUGGGGGGUGUACUGAUACAAACGAGGAUGUUUUUGCGGUUGCUGCAACACUAGAAGUGUUUUAG